CCUCGAUUACGCAAAUAAGCGAGGAAAAAAAAAAAAAAACGCAUUGUCCUGAACUCACAACCAGUAAAAUUUGUUCCUUCCUCCAUCACAAGCCAUAUACCCUCAAUCUCACGCUUCCAUGUACGUUCUCCAACCCGUCUUCCUCACUCAACUAACCAUGACAUUCAGGUACUCGUGUUAGCGUUUUCCCUUUUCAUCCUUCAACAAUGGCGUUGCUAGCUGCUCAACGCACCUUGCUCACCCUCUUCACCGUUAUCGCACUUUCACCAUCUCUGAGCUUAGCAACACCUACCUCAGCUUGCCAAUUCACUUUUCGCGACGAAAACAAGCUUUACAAUUAUACUCUCUCUUCUCCCAUUCGUAACUUCCCUCACGGCAUUCUCAGCGAAGACGGGUUUUACAAAGUGUCAGUGAACCAGACCACCAUUUGGUUUCAGCUUUGCGAUGGAAUGAUUUUCAAUCACGAUCCUCCAAUAUGUGCUGAUUGUUGGGACUGUGGAGGACCAACACGCUGCGGGAUGGAAUGCAAUGCACUUGUGUCAAACUACAUUGGAGGUUAUCAUGUAUGUUCAACCUUAGGACGUGGCCCAAAACUUGACAUUGAUGUUAUUGAUAAGAAAAAUCCCCACACUGGUAUUAUUGUGAAAAUGUCAAGUGGCAGCCUUAAGUACAACUGUUCCCUGGCUGUGUCUGUGCUCUGCAAUCUAAAUGGAGUACAGGGACCACACACCCUGGAGAGAUCGGGGGAUUGUAAUUAUGCUACAGAGCUAAAGCAUCCAUCUGGUUGUGCUAUGAUUGUAAAUGUCCACGGGAGUGGGUGGGGGUGGUUUGGCAUUUUACUUAUUACUCUUCUGUGCCUUUUUGCUGCGUAUCUACUGGCUGGUAUCGUUUAUCGAUAUUUCGUCCUCAAGAUUCGUGGUAUAGAAGUCAUCCCUAACUUGGACUUCUGGAUCAGCUUGCCUAGGAGAAUACAGAGCCUGUGCUCAUCUUUGGUUAGAAAGUUUAAGGGGCCGUCGGAAGGUCACCGGAGCUCCUAUUCCCCUGUAAACUUCUGAGAUUACAUUUUUUAUUCUGGAUGUACGUGGUGAGUUAAUUACGGAUUAUCUCAGACAAGAGACAGGCAUACUGCAGAAAACUAAAAUUCAGAUGCUCUACCGGUCAGCUCUGAUGCUUCUUUGAUACAGAACCUUCUGCAGAAAUUUGUAAUUCCUGUCAAUUAAUUCUCCUUCCAUGAACUCCGUAUUUCACAUUCUUUAUUUAUCUCUGACAGAAAAUGAAGAGGACGAGGAAGAGAGAGAACAAUAUAAAACUAGGAAGUGUAGUAUGAUUCUCAUGGGAAAAAUUGCAUUAUACUGGAGUUAAUCUAAUAAUUUUGGUUGACAUUUGUAAGCUGAUAAUCUGGUAGUUGAGGGAACUUAUUUUCUUGUAUCUUGCUUGUUACCUUGACCAUUAUUAAUUCAUUAUUGUUUUCCACUUUCAAGGUUCAUUUACUUCUUCUCCCUUGCUAAAUCAUAUUUCCGUUUCUAGUUAGUUCACAUAUAUGGUAGUUUUCUACAAACGGCCAGAUUUCAUCUUUGCUCGGAGAUUGCGCCACUUUGAAGGAUGAGUAUAUUAGAAUCCAAUUGAGUUUUGGUCUUAAGAUGAGACUGAAUAGUUGGUCCACACCAUUAACUAAAAAAACUUAUUUAUGCUAUGCAAUUAUAUAACCCACUUUCAAAGCAAACUUACCUGUUUGCUGGUCGAAUUGUUGUCUAUUACGUGGGGUUGAUACUUUACAUUAAAAACCGAAUCAAACAUAUGUGUAAUGUAUGGUUCUACAUCGUAGCAGCAAAAAAAAGUGUGUUUUUGGCGGAAGGAGAUGUACCUUUCCCUACCUUAAAAGAAACAAGACCAUCAAUGUUUUUGGCCUAAUGAUAUCCUAUAAAACAGUCUUUUCCCUCCACCAUUUUUAAGGGGAUUGCUCUUUCCACCUUCGGUGGAUGGUGGAUAAGAGUCCUCCUUUAAAAACUCAAAAUUGCUCUUUACAAAUUCGGAAGUAUACUUUUUUGUACAUAACUCAUAUAUACUACAUCUCUUCGUAAGUGAGUUACACCUUUCAUUUUGUCAUAAU